UUACCUAGCGCGGAGCUGUCACCGCCGACGGCUGUUCCCGCUCCGCCGCAGCGAUGGAGCGCAACCUCGCCACGCUGCCGGCACCACUCUCGCCCAGAUCCAGUCUUGCUUAUGGAAAUGUUGAAGAUUUGAGGGCAGUGAAAAAACACUUUUGCUUGCAAAAAAGGAACAUUUUGGUCCACUUGUAAGUGUGACACUUGGUGACUCACCUGCAAGAUUUCUUGGCUGACAUCUGAAGAACAAAGUGCUUUUCAACCUGUACUUCUAUAGCACUAUGACUAACUGUAAAGGCAGAUCUACCAUCUCCAAAACAAAUGGCAAAGUCCAUGACAGAGAAGGCUUUGUAAACUGGACCAUAAAUCUUAAUACAAUUCAGUCUGAUAAAUUUUUGAGGCUGCUUUUAAGUAUGGUUCCUGUUGUUUACCAAAUAAACCAAGAGGAAAGACACAAAAAGGUGAAUGGUGUCUGGCAAGAUGGAUUGCAACCAGUAGGACACAAUUUUAAUGUCCGGUCCGAACAACACCCAGAGUACCAUCACUUCUCAGAAGCGAGCUUUCAUGGUAGCAAUGGACACAGCCCAUCCAGCUGUAGCCCUAAAUAUGAUGAUUUUACCAGUUACAAUUACUGUGAUGGAAUGGACACUUCAGAAACAGAUGCUAUGUUGCAGGAUGACACUCUUUCUAGUGACAGUAAUGAGGAUAUCAUUAUGGAAGGAAGUAGAAAACAACCCAAAGAAUCGAGUAGUAUUAUGGCACUGCAAAUACUUGUACCUUUUUUGCUGGCAGGGUUUGGAACUGUUUCUGCUGGCAUGGUUUUGGAUAUUGUACAGCACUGGGAUGUGUUCAAGAAUGUUACUGAAGUCUUUAUCUUGGUUCCUGCGCUCCUUGGUCUCAAAGGAAAUUUGGAAAUGACCCUAGCAUCCCGGCUGUCAACUGCUGUAAAUAUUGGAAAAAUGGAUUCUCCCAUUGAGAAAUGGAACCUAAUAAUUGGCAAUUUGGCCUUAAAACAGGUUCAGGCAACAGUGGUUGGUUUUCUGGCAGCAGUGGCAGCAGUAAUUUUGGGCUGGAUUCCAGAGGGCAAAUACCGCUUUGAUCAUUCAGUCCUUUUGUGUUCUAGCAGUGUAGCAACUGCCUUCAUAGCUUCUCUUUUGCAAGGAGUAAUAAUGGUUGGAGUUAUUGUUGGAUCUAAGAAGACUGGUAUUAAUCCUGACAACGUUGCCACUCCUAUUGCAGCAAGUUUUGGCGAUCUCAUCACCCUUGCCAUAUUAGCAUGGAUAAGUCAGGGUCUGUACACUUGCCUUGAGACAUAUUACUAUGUAUCUCCUUUGGUUGGUGCCUUCUUUUUGGCUCUGACUCCAAUGGGGAUUGUCAUAGCUGCCAAACACCCAGCUACCAGAACUGUCCUCCGCUCAGGAUGGGAGCCUGUUAUAACUGCCAUGAUUAUUAGCAGUAUUGGUGGCCUUAUUCUGGACACGACAGUAUCUGAUCCUAACUUGGUUGGAAUUGUUGUUUAUACCCCGGUAAUUAAUGGUAUUGGUGGCAAUCUAGUAGCUAUUCAAGCUAGCAGAAUUUCUACCUACCUCCAUUUACACAGCAUUCCUGGAGAGCUGCCAGAGGAGGCCAAGGGUUGCUAUUACCCAUGCAGAACAUACUGUGGUACAGGAGUAAAUAACAAAUCAGCCCAAGUUCUACUUCUCUUGGUGAUUCCUGGACACUUGAUUUUCUUGUACACUAUCCACUUAAUGAAAAGCGGACAUACUUCCUUAACCCCCAUCUUUAUAGCAGUCUAUUUGUUGGCAGCUCUGCUACAGGAAAGGUUACUUCCAAAAGAUGAAGUGUAUAACUGCUAAAGAGACUAUAUUUCAAGGAAAUACAGAAAGCCAAGCCCAAAUCUGGACAGUUCUGUAUGUUCAGUGCUUUCUCCUUGCAGCAUGACAAGCAGACUUGCUAGACUCAUUGGGGUCUGACCAUGGGUACAACAGCUCCUUCCUUUCCAGCCAUGUUGCUGUCUGGGGUAGAAGCCCAGCUCCUACCGAGUCAUAGCAGGGAUUUGUCAUUUUUGCCUCCAGAAGGCUGGGCUCAAAGUGCUUGUGUAUGAGCAUACCAGAGCACUUACUGGUCUGGGUUACACAUGUUAGCGAGUAGCUGAGAAACAGCCUGAAAUUAGGACUGUUUUGGUGAAACCAGGGUGUCUGGCAAAGCUACAAAGAAAUCAAGAUGACAAUAUGAAAAACUUAUAUGAAAUAUGAAAUCUAAAAAAAAAAAAAAGAGUUCCUUCCCACAAAAUUAGGUCAAUAUAAUGAAAUUGACUCAGAAACAACUUCAGUUAAAGCGGUUUCUUUUUUUUACUUCAAAGAGGUCUUAGGGUGACAUCAGUGUAUGCUGUGCUGUCUGGAUACUUGGAUACCUUAGAGGAGCUGAUGCCAUUUACCUACAACAGAAACAACAGCAACAAGAAAAAGCUUGCUGUUCAGUGGUUUCUUUGCAGCCAGGCAUUAAAGGAAAUCUCUGCAUGUUUGGAGGAAACAGUGUCUUGUCCCCUCUGGACAUGACACAUGCCAGAUACUCUACCAGAGAAAAUCAUACAGAAAAAUGUCUUUUGAAAAAUGGGUGUAGUUCCUAGUCUGAGAGUUCACUGACUACAAAUUUCUGACUGUAGAAAUGGAAACUCAGAGAGUUCAGUGUAGAUCUACUACAAGCACUUUACAGUUACUACUUCAUCAAAAGCCAUUUAAAAUUGGAGACAUGUCAUGCAUAAUUUGAAAAUGAACUUCAUGAAGGGUCAAAGCCACUGGAAGACUUAAAUCAUAACUCUGGUGAGAACGACAGUCAGAACACAGUAGUCUUUAGAGAUUCUUAAAUGGGAUUUUUUAGUCAUAAUUAAAAUAACAAAUAAAUAAACUUACAUUCGAAUUUCAUAGAUUUGUAAGAGUUCUUAUCCAGUAAUUGCCGGAUCUUUUCAUAGUGCACUUAUGGGUAAAUUUUGAUUCAGUAUAAUUUUGAAAGUAAAGGAGACUUAAAACACAUUUGAAAAAUAUUAUCUUAGUUUAUUUACAUCUGUGUUUCCUGUCUAAGGUAGUUGAAUGCAACUAUUUUGUAAUGCAUCUUCAGAUGGAAAAAAUUUAAGGUGGAAUCAUCAGUAAUAGCAACAGGCAGUUUAACAGUUUAAUUUUCCAGCUUGGUGUUGCAAUUCACUUAUCACAGCAAAUAAUAAAAGUGAACAAUUCUAUGCUGUUUUACAAAUAUUCUUCAUUUGAAUAUUACACUUUUAUCACUGUGAAUUUGACAUGCAUCCACAUGCAUCCAAUUUGACAUGUCCACAUGACAAAUUGACAUUCCAGAUGAAAGAAAUAAUAAAAAUAUUGUAGCAUCCUGCAACUUAUUAAUUAGGCUAUAGGAAGCCUAGACAGUAUUAAGAAUGUUUGGAAGGAGUUAUGUAUUUUUAUUUUAAAUAAUAGAAUUUUGGUCUUUUCCCAUUUUAGGAAUCAUAAGAAAUUAUUUUCAUGAGAAAAUACAGAUGUACUACAUGCAAAAGAUCAAAAAUAACUUUUCUUCACCUAACUUUCUUUGUUAUUUGUAUCUAAAGACCUUGAAAGAAUGAAAGUAAAUUUAGUACACAAUAACAAAGGAAAAAAAAACUGCUUUGUAGUCUGUUAUGUUCCCAUUUCUAGUCUUGCAGUAAUAAGAUUUGAACUUUCAAAAUAGUAAAGCUCACUCAUAUUUAAGUAUUCAUGUUAUUUCACUUCCAAUCUGAAAUUCAUGAUUUGAGUCAGAAAGUUCAGUAUCAAGAAUUACUCUCAAUUUCCAUCCUUUAUUGUACCAAAUAAUGUGAGUACUUAUAUUCCUUAUUUUUAGAUUCUUCAUCAUUAGGAUUUUUCAAGAUUUUCCCCUCCCUCCUACUCUAAUUUCUGUAUUCUGCUGCUUCUGAGGACUUUUUUUGACAGUGAGACCAAAGGGUGAUUUUUAGAAAUGCAGUCUAAGUCUGAUCAUGCCUUUAGUUUCAUUUUCCUCUCUUUUGAUUGUGAUUUUUUCCCCUGUAAUAACGAUAAUAAUAUAGCAUGAUUUUCCUUUUAAAACAUCUGGAAUUUUACUAGUAUUUUUGCAAUCCUGUCUCUGGACCCUUUUUUUUUCUUGAUCAGUGACUAUUGAGUGUCUUUUCUUUUCUUAGCAAGAUCUAUUUAUAUAGAUAGAUAUUUGGUUAUUUUUUCCCUUUCUUAAAGCCUGCAGUUAUUUCAUCCUUCAGAAUGGAAGAAUUCCUAGAGCUUUUUUUCAUAAUUCUACUACUACUCAUCUCCCUUUUUGCAGAAAACUCUAUAUUAAA